AUGGUCGAAUGUAAACUCCUUUUAACUUGGAGAGCUGAUAAGAUAUUUGUGGAUAAUGAUUUUGCUGAUGCUGAAACAUUUGAAUGUGUCGUUUAUUAUGUAGCAGGAUAUUUAGCAAAACGUGUAAGCAAGAAAACAAGUUGUAAUGCAUGUUUAUCUGGAAUAAAAAACAUUGACAACCAUUCCAAUACACAGGCUGCAAAGCUUCUUAACCUGAAGUCUCGUGGUUACUUAACACAUCCUGAUAGCAAUUUUUUCAUGCUUCUAAAACUAAUUGAGAAGUGUUUUGUCAAACACAAAGACAGUCAAAAUGUGUUUGACGACACAGUUGAAGAAUUUUUUAAUAAUAAUUACCUGGUUCCUUUUCCGUGUGCAAUCCACAAAGAAGAUAUGGUUGAAUUUAUAUUUACAUCAUAUAUUGCAAUGAGGAUGAGACAAUAUGCAUACAUGACUAAUCACAAAACAAAAAGCACUAACAAAGUUAAAAAAAAAAUAGCCAAAUUGGUAUCAAAAUAGUUUUUAAAAAGUUUUAUUUAUACAAAUUGAAUAU